UUUGUAACAGCCAUGUUCAGCAAAUUACAUUAAAUAUUUUUAAAAAAAAGUGAAUGCAAAUCCUACUCCUAUCCCAUGAUUAAACUACCCCACCACUCCCUAAAUCCCUCCGCUCAUGUCUCAACCCCUCUCCACUACCUUAAAUCUUAUAUUCAGUUAUUAUUUUCCCUCACCUAACGUCCCUGCAAACAAGAAAAACAAGAAUCAUUCUUUCAACUUCUAUUCAAGAAACCAAACCGAGAACCAAAGUGAGGGGUUCCUGUUUCGUUUAGUUGCAAAUCUGCAAAAUGAAGGUGAUUCCUUGCAAGCGAGACGUGAUAUCAAGGGAAAGGAAAUAAUUUCGAAUUAAGCACUUGAGGAAUCAGGGCUUGUGGAGAUGAAGACUUAACAUGGCUGCGGCACAGGCACAUCAGAAGAAAUUGAUUUUAUUUAAAUACUUUUAUUAUUAAAAUAUUUUUCCCUAUCAUAAUUGCAGUGGUCAUACUAGAAUUAGUGUUCAAUGUGUAGUUUGUUGAUUAGAUAGUUAGUUAGUAAAUUCACAUUUUUUAUAAUAUGUGAUUGAACUUUCUUGAUAUUAGAGGUAUAAUUAGUUGGAGUUUUUGUCUGAGAUAUAGAAAGAAAUGAUCUUUAUUUGUUGCUAAAGAGGUAAAGCUUGAACUAGUGUUCAAUAUGUAGUUAGUCAGUUCUCACUUCUGAUAUUGAAGAGGUGUAGCGGUAAUCGAUUUGAUGGGAGGUGAGUAGGUUGGGAAUUGGUGUUUCUUAAGAGAACUAUUGCAUUUAUGUUCUGUUGAUUUUAUCAUACAUUUACAUUUGAGUAAAGACACAUACACAGGUGUAAUGUUGAGGGGAAACUGUGGUGAGCUUAUUCUCUGAUGCUCUUUCAUUGAUCUUUCAUGGAUUGAAAAUGCAGCUGCAUCCCUCUGUGAAGAGUUAUGUGGAAGAGAAGUGUGGUAAGGCAGUGCAAAAGCAUAGCCAUUUAGUGAGGGAAGUCGAUGUCAGGUUGUCCAUCCGUGCUGGAGAGGUAGGGAAAUGCCCCAAAGUGCGAAGAUGUGAGGUUACUUUGUUCACCAAGAAACAUGGAGUGGUUCGAGCAGAAGAAGAUGCUGAGUCGCUCUAUGGGAGCAUAGAUUUGGUUUCUUCCAUUAUCCAGAGAAAGUUGAGGAAGAUCAAGGAGAAAGACUCGGACCGUGGUCGCCAUAUGAAGGGCUUCGACAGGCUCAAGGUUAGGUAUCCCGGUGCACUCUUGGUUGCUGAGGAUAUUGAGGCGGUACCCGAUGAAGCAGAUGAGGCUGAUGCAGUGGGAAUUCAGGGUGAAGGAGUUGAAGAGGAAGAAAUCAUCAUUAAUGAGGUUGUCAUUCCUCAUCUCUUUAUUCUUUUUAAUGAGGUCGUUGAGUUGUAUGCUUUUCUUGAUUGGAUCAUAGCACCAUAAUUAAGAAUUUGCAUCGGAGUGAUGUUUGGUGAGUA